GGCCACUUUGAGAUGACCUGACGCUGGUCUUCUCCUGGGUGUGCCUGCGCGCAGAGAAAAUACAGAUCUACUCAUGUUCUCCGUGAUGCUACCGGGCUUAGUAUCUCAUCCGCUGAAGAUUUCAUGCUGCUAGGGGCUAUUCGUCUACCGCUAUAAUGACUCGUCGCCUUAUUCGAACGGCCGUUCAGCUCGGUCUGCUUGCGACGUUCGUCUUUGUCCUCUUCGUGGUCUUGGAUAACAAAAUUAGUGUCCUACCUGCCGCCAUCCAUGGCCAUCUUCCCACACAUCAUCCCGGUUUCGUUGUCACAGACGUGACAGUCUUUUCUUGCUCAGGGUUCAAUCCUUUUUCGAGCUGCAGACGUAAUCGUCAGUCCUGGGCCCGCGUCGAGAAGGAUCUCUACUUGCACACGGCAUGGACGUCAAGCGCCUAUGUUCAGUUUGAACGGAAGAAGGAAGAGGAGCUGCUUCCUACGGACAAGGUCGUUAUUGAUUUGAAAAUCGGUCGUCUUGCCCCCGAAGACGAGGAAAAUGAGAAAGAUGCAAGCGAUGCGUGGGAGAAGAGACCGGGCGGGAUCUGGUUGAAGCGAACCGCAACGCGCCAUGCGAGUGACUCGCAGAAGACGAUCACGUCGAUCGACGUUCUUUUCGGUGCCGAUGCGGUUGAUCCACGUCCAAACUGGGAUAUCAAAGAUACUCCGCUGCUACUGGAUAGUCGGACGGAGACGCUGGAGGCUCGUCUCAGCAUCCGAAGAGGAUUUCCGGCUAAGGUUAAGAAGCCUACACCGAGAAUUGGCGAAAAUGGCCGGUUCAAAAUCAUGCAAUUGUCCGAUCUACAUUUUAGUACCGGCGUAGGGACGUGCCGCGAUCCUUACCCCGAGCUGACGGAUCAGAAAUGUGAGGCCGAUCCGCGGACGCUGGAGUUCGUGGGCAGGCUCCUUGAUGAGGAGAAGCCGGACUUGGUGGUUCUGGCUGGCGACGAGGUGAACGGGGAGACGGCCAAGGAUGCAGCGACCGCCCUUUUCAAGGCUGUCAAACCCAUGGUUGAUCGUAGUAUCCCCUACGCAGCGAUCUUCGGCAACCAUGACGAUGAAGGCGACCUUGAUCGAUCACAGCUGAUGGCCAUCCUCGAAGAACUCCCGUAUUCCUUGACAACCGCCGGCCCGGAAGAAAUCGAUGGGGUAGGAAAUUACUACGUCGAAGUUCUCGGCCGCGGGAAAUCCACGCAUUCCGCGUUGACCCUGUAUCUCCUCGACACACACGGCUACUCCCCGGACGAGCGACAGUUCAGAGGCUAUGACUGGCUCAAAUCGAGUCAGAUCAAAUGGUUCAGGAACACCGCGCAAAGCUUGAAGCGGAAACACGACGAAUACACUCAUAUACACAUGAAUAUGGCUUUCAUUCAUAUCCCGCUACCCGAAUAUCGUGAUUGGGAUAAUUACUUCAAGGGGAACUGGACUGAGGCCCCAACAGCCCCGGGAUUCAAUUCCCACUUCAAAGACGCUCUCGAAGACGAGGGCGUUCUGUUUGUAAGCUGUGGCCAUGACCACGUCAAUGACUAUUGCAUGUUGAGCCAGGACCAGGAUAAGAAACCGUCUCUAUGGAUGUGCUAUGGUGGCGGUGCAGGGUUCGGCGGCUACGGGGGCUACGGUGACUAUAUCCGACGCGUACGGUUCUUUGAUUUCGACAUGGGACCUGGGCGCGUAGUGACAUACAAACGAGUCGAAUGGGGAGACACGGAUGCCCGACUCGAUGAGAUGAUGAUUGUUGACGGUGGUGUUGUUCAAGGGCCCGGAGAUACUCGUUGAACAUGUUUUCGACAUGGGAAAAUUGCAGGGCUUCGGUUUUUGUUCUAUAUAUAUAUAUAUAUAUUUUUUUUUUUUUCUCCUGGGGUUUCCUUUCCAGUAUCCAGGCUUGUCAAAGUGCGACGCGACCUGCGGCGUCGGUUGUUCCUGAAUUGUGUAUAGUAUUCUCUUUUAUAUUCGACAGUCAAUUUCGAAACAAAAUGCUGAAUCCCC